UUUGUUCAGCCACCGGUACUGUACUGUGCGUACCGUACAAGUAUAAAUAUCUAAAUAUUAUUGAAGUGUUUAUACACGUAUAUAUCUAUGCAAAAAACAAACAGUGGAAAUCAGCGUGUCCCAGUGGAAAUCAAACAAACAAACAGUGGAAAUCAGCCCCCACCGGGGCAACGUUUCUUUCUCGGCCUUUCUCCGUCUCGCAUUCAUGUUGUUUUGCAGACAGGCUGAGACAGCGCACGCACAGAUUUUCUGUGAGAGUCAUCCAACGACCGACACUCCGACAGAGCCAGAAGAGAUUCAUCCCACUACUAGAUAUGGAUCACUCUCAAAAUUUAAUCAGUACUGAUAAUGCCUCCGGCGCCAAGAAGAAGAUCAAUUCACCUUUUGAAAUAGUACGGGAGUACAGGAACUCACAGUAUGCACGAACUACACGUUCAAUCUCUGUUCCGGCAGAAUCAGAAGAGCGCACUAGAAAGAUUGUGAUAACUAUGUAUGGAACUAUCCUUACAACGUUUAUCUCGAUAUUACUUGAAAGUGUUGCGGUUUUUACUGAUGGAUGGGGCAAUUAUCGUACACAGACUGACAACGGAUUUACCGUGGAAUCUGGGCGAUUUGGUUUGUGGCGAGUCUGCGUGGAAGUGGUGCGAAACGAAUGGGUCGAAAAAGACAACUGUGGUGGCACCCAAUCUGCACAGUUUACUCUGCCGUCUUGGUGCAUAUUUGCUGGGAUUUGUGGUGUAUUUUGUCUGCUCUUUCUCAUUACGUGCUUCGUUGUGGCUGUGAUUCAGCUUUACCAUCUAUAUCGUCGGGAUCCUCCUGUUUGCUACAAUCGGCGCUUGCUUAGUCAGAAGAUCAUUCCGAUUACGCUGUCUGUGGUUUGCAUUUCCAUAUCUCUGAUUUUCGCAGCAUUGGCUGUGAAACGAGUUCGAGGCGCCAAGGUGACUUACGGCAGCAGCUUCUACAUACAGAUUGUUACCAUAUUUUUUGUUGUGGCGGCGCUUAUCUGUAUAGCAUGGGAAAGUUUAUGGAGACCGUACCCAUCCAAUCGUCCCACUAAUAGUGCUAUGUCAGAGAUUGAUUCUAGCGGCAGUACCCGAAUGAAAUCGCUACCGAAGCGUAGCUUUUAUUAUAAGGCUGCCAAAGACACCGAAAAUGAUCACAUCCAGCCAAAGAUUGGCGAUCCCAGUGUUUUCAUAAAAAUUCCUCCGAGAUCUUCAAGUGUUACGUACCGUAGAAGCCUUUCUGAAGGUGCCACUGGCAAACUUCACUUCUGAUGGAUUUCAGUGGACUAUCCUGUAUCUCCUCCAUUUCUGCACAUAUUUUAACUACGAAUGUGUUCUGUGAUAUUACGUAGUGUCUACUUUUGUACACUACCUAUCAUUUUUAUUGGUUUUAAGUUAUGCGCCUCUAAUUGACCUUUUAUAUUGGGAUCUCUGGUGGUAUGUUUAUCUUUGAAAUACAGAUAUACAUUAUGUUUUGCCAUGAUAUCACAGAAUUUUUUGUUUCAAUCUCUUUCAGAUUUGAGUAAGCAGCUAAUUUGCUCGUGUGAAUGACGCGCAAAAUUAUGGUUUGUUG